UCUUCCAGCCAGGCGUCCAACGACCAAAUGGGAGGAACGCGCCUGCGCCGGGGCGCCGCUCGGCUGCUCGGCUCCGCAGUAGCUGUUCUCGGCGGAUGCACCUGCUGGCACCGGACAGUCAGGACUGGCUCUACACUUGAGUCUGACUGAGGAAUUCGUACUCUUCUCACAUCGCAAGACAAGAAACGGCUGCGAGAAAGGACCGGCGUAACCCGGGAAACGUCCCGGGGUGGCCCCUGAGCGCCCUGCCGGGCAGCUCAAAUCAAGGAUUACCUUGAUCCCGCUUCUCUCCGUAAGCAGCGUCUAACUGGACAAGAGCUCGGCCAUGCAGCCACCGCCACAGGCUGUCCCACCCAGUGUGGUGGGGCCGCCUCCGGCGGGGAGCCCCCCGAACGUGCUGUGGCCCAGCGGCUCGUACCGGAGACCGGCACCUGCUGGCGCCCCGGGAGCCGCAGUGGCUCACCCACUGCAGCCGGUGACGGACCCCUUCGCAUUCAGCAGACAGGUGCAGCAGGGCGCCGCACCGGCCCUGGCCCCACCCCCACCAGCGCUCUUUCAGCACCCCGGUCUGCCGGUGCCGCACUCAGAUGCCGAGGGCAGCUGCCAAGGACCACGUGAGCUCCUGCCGAGACCUCUGUCCCAGCCCCGGCCGGGGGCGAGUCCCUUUUCCGGCGUGCUGACUCCCCCAGCACCCCCCGGGCCCGAGAUGAGCAGGGGGGCCGAGGUCGUCUCCAGCCCCGAGCGCCACGCUCAGGCCCAGUACAUUCCAGCAGCGGGUCCGGACGCUCCGUACGGGGGCCCUCUGCGUGGGGGCGUGCCUGGGCCCGACAGGCCCCCAAGUGGGCAGAACCCCCACAGCAGCGCUGCGGCCCCCCCUUUCUUCUCUCAGCCUCGCCAGCAAGUGCCCGGGCAGUGGGGGCCCGUGCACGGAGGCCCAGAGGCCUUGGGCCAGCAUUACCGGCCCUGCCCAGAAGGGCUUUUUCCAAAUGCGGUGCCCCAGGCCUCCGGUGUGUCCCACUUCCUUGCUCCGUCCAGCCUACCUCAGGGUCCUGACCGAGAGCAACACGACCCCCCCGUCGCAGGGCCCUCAGCUGGCGACGGGAGAGAGGAGAUGGCCUACGUGCCAAGUGGGAACCACUCGGCGAGGCACUUCGACCUGGACGGCGCGCUCAGGCCGCACCCCAGCGCGGGGAACCCUCGGGCCGGCUGGGAGGCCAGGCCGAGCCCCAGGGUGCAUAAGGAGCCGGCGGCAGACCCUGCUCUGGUGAAUCCCUUUGCUCAGGGAAGCGGCCCAGAAGGCCUUGCCAACUCGGGCGCGCUCGCCAUGUUUUUCCAAGGAGGAGAGACGGAAAACGAGGAGACCCUCUCGUCUGAAAACACGGGCUCCGCUGCUCAGUCCGGCGCGGCCGGUGUCUUCCCCGGCCCUGGCCUGGGCCCUCCCCCUGCGCACGGUGGUGCAGGCAGCGCUUACCAGGCUUUUCCCAGAGGCCCGCGCAGCGAGACCGCGCAGCAGGGAGGAGACACGCAGCCUUACUUCCCUCGGUCCGCGGGCACCCAGCACGAUAAGCCGCCCGCCCGGACCACGGCCGUGGACCUGUGGGGCGACGUGGCAGGCGCCGGACCUCCCGACACGGGGGGCACUCACUGCGAGAACGCGGAGAACUUGGAGUUUGUGCAGAACCAGGAGGUUCUCCCGAGCGAGCCCCCCGGUUCGGGUGCUUUCUCCCCGGGCGAUCAGCUCAGAUACGGGCCCCUUCCCGGGCCCGCGGCCCCCAGGCUCAGCGCCGCGGGCCACGCUGGAGGCGGGGGCUCGAGUCUCGAGGCCCUGGACGCGCCGCCGCACCCUGUGCGGUCGGACAGCGUGUCGUCCGCUUACAGCGGCAGGAGCCGCCGCAGCGGGCCCGGAGCCGCCAGGCCGCAGGACCUGGGCACCUUCAUCCAGCAGGAGGCUGGGAAGGCCGAGGACGAGGCUCCCGGGAGCUUCUUCAAGCAGAUCGACUCUUCUCCCGUAGGGGGCGAGACCGACGGGAGCCCCGGUCCCCGCAGCAGCCGGUCCCAGCCCUUGACCCCAAGUCCCCCCAAACCCACAGGGGUGUUUCAGACGAGUGCAAACAGCUCUUUUGAACCAGUGAGGUCCCACCUCGUUGGAGUAAAACCAGCGGAGGCAGACCGUGCCAACGUGGUGGGGGAGGUGAAGGCGGCCCCCACCCCUCAGGCGCGGAGGCCGGCCGCCGUCCUGCCCGAUGCCUGCCCCGGCAACCUGGAGCAGCCGCCAGACAACAUGGAGACCCUCCUCCCGCCCCAGGCCUGUCCGCUGCCUCCCACCACCCCCGCCGAAGCCGGUCAUGGGCUUCCACACCCUGGGGGGCCGCCCUUGGAGACCGUGCUUCUGACCCCUGAGAAGAGGCCCUCUGCCCGGGCCCAAGGGGCCCUGAAGUGUGAGAGCCCAGCCACGACUCUGUGGGCGCAGAACGAGCUGCCGGACUUCGGGGGCAACGUCCUUCUCGCCCCCGCCGCCCCUGCGCUUCACGUGCCCGGGAGGCCUCCGCCGUCGGGUGUGACUCAGCCUCCGGACGAGGGGGUGCCUGGUCAGCUGUCCCGGCGGCCGGGCUGCCUGCCCCCUCUGCAGGGCGGGGACAGCAUCGGCGCCUCCGAGAACCUCGAGAACCCUCCCAAGCUGGGGGAAGAAGAGGCCCUCCCGUCGCAGGCCAGGUCUGGUUAUGCCAGUCUGCUGUCCUCGCCGCCCACCGAGUCUUUGCAGAACCAGCCCGUCUUGGUCGCUCAGCCCGAUCGGAGCUCCAGUCUAGCUCAGCCCGUGCAUUUCCCAGCGUCCUCGUCGGGCGCUAACGAGAAGGCCCCGUCCCGGAGAGAGGCUUGGGCCGGGGACAGGCCUGCCGUGGGCAGCCGGGCCCCUGGGGCCGAUUCCGGAGAAGCCGCGCCUCCGCCCGGGGUGCCUCUGCCUGAGGGUCUCGCCCAGAGCGGUUUCCCACAAGCCUCUGGUGCUUCCGAAGCGGCCUCCACUCAGCCUGCCAGUUUGCUGGUUCAGUCGCCGUCUCGUCCAACCCCAAGGAACUCGCUUCCGGAAGGCCAGAAGACACAGGGCUCGGAGAGCGCCCUUCCGGAGCUGGCUGGCAGCGCUGCCGGGAGCGCAGGCUUCACGCUGGUGUCGCCCGCAGACCCCGCCCUGGGGCCGCGUGGUGACAAGGCAGAGCGCCCUGGUGGCCGGGAGGAGACCCCAGGAGCCCUGGACUUCACGUUGCAUGGGACCCUAGAGCACCCCGUAAGACUGUGUAGCCCGUCCCCUUCCGGAGGCCCAGCCUCUCAUCAGCUGGCCGCCCCCAGUCACCCCGGACUGCCUGGGCCUGGGGUGCAUGACCCGGCCCGUUUCUACCAACAGGUGGCAAAAGGGGCUCAGGAGCAGCGCGGCCUGGAGAGAGUCCAGCAGGGUCCGGCUCCCCCGCCCCCACAAGGGUCCAGAGCAGCAGCCUCCGAACCCGCAAACCCAGAAAGUCUGCCACUGCGAGGACGGCCCCCAGACGCCGCAAGCCCGGCUCCAGCUGACCCCGCCCAGCAGCCGCUCCCUCGGCCGCCUCGGUCCUCCAGCGCGUCGCUCGUGUCCGGCAGCCCGAGCCAGGCGGCCGUGCCGCCGGGCCAGCAGUGGGCGCAGCCCCCACCCCUGGACCCGGCGUCGUACUAUUACUACAGGGCCCCGUACGACGGCUUCCAGGCCCAGCACCCCUCCCCGUACCUGCCGGACCCUGGCGCCGCCCCGCUCUUCUACCAGGACGUGUACAGCCUCUACGAGCCCAGGUACAGGCCCUACGAGGGUGCGGCCCACCCCUACGCCGACAACUACCGCUGCCCCGAGCCCGAGCGGCCCAGCUCCCGGGCGAGCCACUGCUCAGACCGGCCGUCUGCCAGGCAAGGGCACCCCGAAGGCCACUCGGAUCCCAGACGCGGGUGGAGCAGCCAGAGCGACUACGCCAGCUACUACUGCGGCCAGUACGACUACGGAGAGCCGGGUCGCUGGGACCGGUACCCCUACGGCUCCAGGUUCCGGGACCCCCGCCCCUACGACCGCGGUUACUGGUACGAUGCCGACUACGACCUGUACAGGAAGGAGAGCUACGCUUACACCGACAGGCCCGAGAGGUACGACGACCCCUGGAAGUACGACCCUCGCUUCACAGGGAGUUUCGACGAUGACCCCGAGCCCCGCAGGGACCCCUACGGGGACGACGCGGACCGCCGCAGCGUGCACAGCGAGCGCUCGGCGCAGAGCCUGCGCAGCCGCCGCAGCAGCUUCAGCGCCCACUCGCAGCAGAGUCAGGUCUACAGAGGUCGCGGUGUGACUGCGGGCCCUUACGAGGCCCCGCCUCCGCCAGGCUCCUUCCACGGGGACUACACCUAUGACGCCUACGUCGGCAGUGUCAGCGGCGCCCAGGGCUUCUCGGAGUACGGCUACCCUGCCGACUGGCCCACCGUGGAGCAAGCUCCGUCGAGACCCACGUCCCCCGAGAAGUUCUCGGUGCCUCACGUCUGCGCCAGGUUCGGCCCCGGGGGCCAGCUCAUCAAAGUGAUCCCUAACCUGCCUUCGGAGGGGCAGCCGGCCUUGGUGGAGGUGCACAGCAUGGAGACGCUGCUGCAGCACCUGCCGGAGCAGGAGGAGAUGCGUGCAUUCCCGGGGCCGCUCGGCAAAGACGACACCCAUAAAGUGGAUGUUAUUAAUUUUGCACAGAACAAAGCCACAAAAUGUUUGCAGAACGAGAACUUAAUUGACAAAGAGUCUGCAAAUCUGCUCUGGAACUUUAUCAUUCUGCUGUGCAGACAAAACGGGACCGUGGUGGGUACCGACAUCGCGGAGUUGUUGUUGCAAGACCACAAGACGGUGUGGCUUCCUGGGAAGUCGCCCAACGAGGCCAACCUGAUCGACUUCACGAACGAGGCCCUGGAGCAGGCCGAGGAGGAGGAGUCAGGGGAGGCCCAGCUCUCGUUCCUCACGGACAGCCAGGCCGCCGCCGCCAGCUCCCGGGAGAAGGAGACGGAGCGGUUCCGAGAGCUGCUGCUCUACGGCCGUAAGAAGGACGCUUUGGAGUCUGCGAUGAAGAACGGCUUGUGGGGUCACGCUCUGCUGCUCGCCAGCAAGAUGGACAGCCGGACCCACGCCCGCGUCAUGACCAGGUUCGCCAACAGUCUCCCCAUCAACGACCCCCUGCAGACCGUCUACCAGCUGAUGUCCGGGCGGAUGCCCGCGGCCUCCACGUGCUGCGGAGACGAGAAGUGGGGGGACUGGCGGCCGCACCUGGCGAUGGUCCUGUCCAACCUGAGCCACAACGUGGAGGUGGAGUCGAGGACGAUGGCCACGAUGGGUGACACGCUAGCCUCGAGGGGCCUCCUGGAUGCCGCCCACUUCUGCUACCUCAUGGCCCAGGUCGGGUUCGGCGUGUACCCGAAGAAGACCGCAAAGCUCGUGCUGAUCGGGUCGAGCCACAGUUUACCGUUUCCAAAGUUUGCGACCAACGAGGCCAUCCAGCGGACGGAGGCCUACGAGUACGCCCAGUCGCUGGGCGCCCAGUGCGACCCCCUGCCCAGCUUCCAGGUGUUCAAGUUCAUCUACUCGUGCCGCCUGGCGGACCUGGGGCUGGCCACCCAGGCCUUCCACUACUGCGAGGCCAUCGCCAGGAGCAUCCUGUUGCGACCCCAGAGCCACUCCCCUGUGCUCAUUGGCCGGCUGGUUGAGGUCGCUUCCCGGCUGCGGCUCUUCGACCCGCAGCUGAAGGAGAGGCCGGAGGAGGAGUCCUUUGCGGAGCCCGCCUGGCUGGCCCAGCUGCAGCGGGUGCAGAAGCAGGUUGAGGAGGGCGCUGCGCCGUGGAGCCAGGACGCGGCCGUCCCCCGGCCCUGCCCCAGCACACCAAGCUCCGAGGGCGGGCAGCGUGACGGCCCGGAGCUGGAGCGGCCCUCAGACCUGGGCACCGAGAACCCACUGCUGGCGCCACCCAUGCCCAGCGCCGAGCACCCCGGCCAGGGCGUGUGGCUGCUGCCCUCAGCUCUGCCGACACUCCACGACAGCCAGCCCGCCUUCCCGGCCGGGGUGCCCAUGUUCCCGGUGCCGCCCCUGGGCCCUGCCGAGCCGGGGCCCGGCUAUGGGCUCCCAGGCUCUGCGCUGGGCUUUGCCGAGCCCCCGGGGCCCGGCCUGCCACCCAGCGCGCCAUCAUCCCUCCAGGACAGCGAGCGCCCCCUGCGGGAGGCCAGGCCCCAGGACCCAGGAACGGUGCUGCCGGACCCCCGGGGGGGAGACUCGCUGGCAGAGCGGAGAGAAGAGGACUUCGGCGGCACAUUCGACGUGGGCUCCUCGAGGACACUGCCGGACUCGGGGGCCGCCCCGGCGUGGGGGGCCCUGCAGCCCCCGUCCCUGACGCCCGCUCCUGAAGCAGCGAAGGGCCCGGGACAAGCGGCCAGAAAGGAGCCCAAGAAGGGCAGCGAGUCCUGGUUCUCCUGGCUCAUCCGGAAGAAGAAGCCGGAAGCGUUUCUGCCAGCAGACACGCACAAGACGAUCGUCUGGGACCAUGAGAAGAACCGGUGGGUGGACACCAGCGAGCCAGAGGAGGAGAAGAAAGCUCCGCCCCCGCCUCCAGUGUCGCUCCCUAAGGCUCCACAGGCCCCAGCCCCUGGGCCUGGAGGGCCCCCCCGAGCGUCCGUGAACAUGUUCUCCAGGAAAGCAGGCGGCACGCGGGCGCGCUACGUGGACGUCCUGAACCCGGGCGGGCCCCAGCGCGCCGACCCGGCCCCGGCCCCCGCGGACCUCUUCGCCCCGCUGGCCCCGCUCCCGCUGCCGGCAUCCGUGUUCGGACCAAACCCAGAAGCAGAGGGAGCCCCGCCCGCAGAGGGGGCUGGCAGGGAGGGGCACGCCGCAGCUGGGGGUCCAGCCCAUCCGGAGCCUUCUUCGGAGCCCAAGGCGGUCAGCUCGGCAGCCUCGCUCCCUGCGCUGGACCUGGCCCCCUGCCCCGCGGACGGCCCCCAGGGGGGCGAGCUUUCGCGCUGUAGCUCAAUGAGUUCCCUGUCGCGGGAAGUGAGCCAGCAUCUCAACCAGGCUCCCGGUGACCAGCCCCCGGCCGCAGGCACCCCCGGGGCCUCCGUGCCCUUCUACAACCCCACGCAGUUUGCACAGGCCCCUGCCGCCGCGGGGAGUUCAAGGUCGGGGAGGAUCGGCCAGAGGAAGUACCCGGCGCUGAGAUAGACCGGCCCCUGUUCUGCAUUAGCCUUGGACGCUCGGACCGCUUGCCUGCCACCGCCUUCCGACCGGUGGCGCCCGGCCCUGCCGCCAGAGCCCGCCCUGCAGCCCCUCCGAGACCCGAGACCCGGAGUGGAGGCGUGCCCUCGGCUCAGAGGCUCACGCCCGAAGGGGGCCUCGAGGAGACACCGCCUGGUCCCCGGGGUGGCGCUCCGAGCGUGGCUGGACUCUGCCAUGGGGCAGGCUUGGAACCUCAGGGACGGGGCGUCCCUCACAGCCCGACGCGAACCGCUGCCAGGCCCGUCCCCGGCUCGUCCGGGACACUGGGAGGAAGGACGCGCCGACUUC